GCUAUUUUAUUCGUCGUCGUCGCAUCCACCCUGACGUUAUCUGUGCUCAGUACUUGCGCAGCCAAGAGUUCAGGAACUUGAUGGUCAACAUGGUGAAUAAGCUAGAAGUUGGACCUACAAGCGAUCCUAGCAAGACAAUGUAGGCCGGUCUUUUACAUGACGGACGAAUUUUCAUCUGAUUAAAUGUUCACAGUGGUAUUGGGCUCUCGAUGGUGGGUACUAUCGCGGCCAUCAUGUCUGCCCUGGCAGGACCUGCAGCUCCCAUCGUGGUGCCGAUCGCGGCAGGUGUCGUACUCGCCAUAUGGGUUUACGACGUGUACCAGGUGUCCCGCGUGGUACUUCAGCGCGUCAUGUCAUACAUCGUCGACUUAACCCUCGUGUUGCAGACACUUUACCUCGUGUCGGAAAGCCAGGAAGUGUCUCGUAGGGCCAUCAAGCUCGCGGUCAGGUCCUACAUCGAAUCGCCAAUCAGCGGAGAAGUUCAUACUCGGAUUCAGGAGUAUGAUAAGGAAUUGACGCUGCUGGAUCGCAGGGGCCGCGAUACCCUUAAACAAAACCAUUGAGCUGAUGCAGUUGUACAGCAUUGAUGCCGAGACGAUGAUCGACCUUCGGAAAAAGGUUUCGGAUGUGCCUUCAUUACCAGAUGAACCAUGGGAAGACGUCAAGGACUAGUAGCAUUCGAUU